UCAAUGAAACUUUAUAAUAAGACAAACCCGCCAAUMAAGUUUUUAACCAACUUUUGAAAGUCACCGAAGUAAUGACAAACAAAUUUGUUAUCAUCUCAAAGACCAUCCAAAGCCUGGUUCAUCUCAGCUUGAAACUCUUUGAACUUUAAUAGAAGUCUUUCAACUUGAAUGGUUUAUGCUAUAGGCGAUUACAAAGGAUGACGAGAAUGCCAUUGCCUUAUGAAUUCAAUCACAAAGAAGGUGAUGGCAUAGUCCGCAACCGUCUAUWCGAUUUGAACAUCUACCCCAARGAAAACGAGUUCCAGAAUUUUCCACAUGAUGAAGRAGAAGCUYCUAAUCUUUCUGGAGARGUUGAUUGUAAUCAAUACCCAUCUUACAUUGUUAAUAGCGAAGACAUUACAACAGAAAUGGAUUAUUGUAGUGAUUUCAGCAAUSAYCGAACUAACCAAACCGAUUAUUCGUUCGAGAAUGUUGGAUCAAUAAGCGAUUAUUAUAAUAAUUUGAGCGAAGACGAUCAAAGCUACCAGGACAAUAUACCGAUCAUUUUCCCAAAUAUUUCCAAAGCCUUCGUACCCAGGAGAACUAUGUCAUUGGGAACGGGCAUGCGCACUCGGUCACCUAAACAUGAAGAUCGCACAGAGAAGGAAUGGUAUUCGUCGCUUCUUAAACCUUUUAAAAAGUUUAGGAAUCUUUUUAAAAAGAGCCCCAAAAAGACAGUUAUAGAGGAAGACGACGAUGUUUUUGAUGAUAUUUCCAGUGAUGACUUUUAUGGAAGUGUGUCGUCAUUGAAGUUUAGCAAAGCGUUGGAUUAUUUUGACAUGCUGUAUUAGCGCAUGYUAAAUUUUGGAUCAUCAGACCUUGGAUUACUAAAGAUAGCGCARAAAGGCUCUGGACUCCCGUUAUAUUUAUACAUAACCAGAGUGUAACAUCCUCAUGUUUAGAAAACARCAUCA